UGCAAAAUGAGAAGCCCUAAAUUUGUAAGUAAAGGGGAUGGUAAUCACAACCACACCAACUUCCGUUAAGGUACUGUUUCGUUUUGAUCGGCGAUAAGCAGCGCUUUUAUUGGCACUUUCUGUAAAAAACAUAAAUAACGAAGUGAUUGCAUGAAUAAUGGAGGAGCAAAUGAAAUGUGAAUCUGCCGUAACAAUAAUUUACAACAAAAACAUCCUUGGAUGUACGUUGUUCUUCCCAGACAACAACAGCAUCGUGCUGUGCAGGGAUGUCUAUGAUUCGUAUGAAUCUGAGCAGGUCAAAAGCAUAAUUUACAGAUACAACGUUGAUUACGGGAUCAUUACGACUGAGAUGGACGUGCAAAGGUACGAUUUUAUAGCAGAGACUGGCAUUCGAAUGCAUUUUGGCCUCAAAAAAAGGAAAUAUGGCAUAAUGGUCUCUCGGUUCAAAGAAUGCCUGGCCGGAAAAGGAUUCGAAUGUGCAAUGGAAAGUGUUUACCUGCUCCUCAACCACAUAAAGAUUGACUAUGAUCCCCUGCCGCUCCGCUUCUUCGGCACCGUUGAGAACGUGGCGGAGGGCCCGUCCAACAAGUUCGGCACGCUUAUUGCAGAGCUAGAUUUUUACUCCAUUUACGCUAAUGAUACGUGCCAGAGAUUGUACAUGAGUAUCGAAACGAUCAACUCGUUGAAACUGAUCAAUUACAUCGGCCAUCCGAACAAUUUGAUAAAAUCAAAGAAGGAAUGCAAUUCGCUGCUUACACGCCUCAAUUUCACCAGAACAUGCAUGGGGUACCAGCUGCUCAAGAACAACAUCCUAUUUCCCUUCACACAGAUUGAUGAGAUAGCACAGCGACAUGCUGCGGUUGAGCAUCUAAUCGAUAAGAAAUUAACAAGCAGAAUAUCGCACGCGUUGAAGAAUUGCAUCAACAUCGAUGCAAACGAGUUCAUUUUUUUCAGAGAAAACAAGUCAGAAUACUUCGUUAAGAUGUAUAAAAUGCUUUCAAGUGUACUUGAAAUAAUCGGUUUGAUGAAUGGCAACAACGAAAUGAGCGAAGUGCCUGGUACGCUUAAAUGUUACGGUGAUGUGUGCACAUACAACGAUUUAAUGAAGACCAUCGCAGGUCAAAUUGAUUUUAAGAAUGGUAGGUUCCGCGUAAAAUGCGGUGUUUCGAAAGAAUUGGACCUUCUUAAAAAUUUGUACGGUGAUUUGGAAAACUACCUGUGUGAGACGGUAGACCAAGUACGAACAAAGUACAAUUUGGGAAACGCAGUCAAUUCACAGCUAAACAUCACAAAACGAACAAGGGAUUCACAGGAGAACACAGAACAUCUUUCGAUCGUGUAUUUUCCGCAGCUGGGAUACCUGUUGGAAUCAAACGCACAGAAUGACAAAUGGGAGUUGAAAUUUAAAGAGGACAUGCAAAGGAACGGAAAGACGGAGAGCUCCUUUUUUUACAAAAAUGAGGUUAUGUAUGGAUUAGAUGAUGAGAUAGGCGACAUAGAAAAUGAAAUUAACGAUUUGGAACUAGAAAUAAUGAAUGAGCUCAAGAUUUACACAGAAAAGCACACGUCACAGAUUAAAAUUGCAGUUGACUACAUCAGCAGAAUUGAUGUUAUCAAUUCUCUUGCACUUGCAGCACUCGAGAACGGCUUUGUUAGGCCGAUUGUCUCUGACACGCUACAGAACGAAAACCUACGAAGGGUUGCGAGUUGGGAAGUAACGGAGUGCCAAAACGAAGCAGAAAACGCUGAACAUAACACAAAUGAUGCAUAUAUUGCUAUAUUUUCAGAAAACGAUCAAGUGUUGUGUGAUAAAACGAAAAGAACUCGUGAAAAUGAGGACCAAAAUUAUGAUACCGACUCAAACAGAGCGGGUGAUCAGCAGAACAAUGGUGCACAGAUAUUCUUAACAGAAUACAAUCGCUUGAUUGAGAUGGGACAAACCAUUGUAAUGCACCAAAUAGGCAGUUAUGUGCCCCUUAACACACAUUUACCAAUAUUUGACAAAAUGUACAGCAAAAUAACGACCAACGACAGUCUAAAGGCACAUAAGAGCGCCUUUCUUAGCGAUAUUCUGCAAAUAAGUGAGGUGUACAAAUUUGAUGGUGGCAGCACCGUGCUGUUGAUGGAUGAGUUUGGACGAGGAACAAAUAUUUACGAGGGACGAGCUCUCUAUCAAGGCAUUCUCAUGCACACCGAUGUUACGGCCAUAGUUUGUGCAACACCAGCUCGUAGAAAUAAAAUGGCACAAGAACAACGAACAGAAACGCAAAUAAGUACAGCAAUCAUAGACACAGCGCUACAACACGAAUUAAGUCCUGUUGAGCAUUUUUAUCUGCGAUAUGAGCAGAUAAAGAAGGGUGAGUAUCAAAUCGUGACCGAUACCAGCGAAAGUGAAUGGGCAACGAAGAUAAUUAACGAUUAUUUGUUUAAGCAGCCUUAACCAUGGAUGUAGCAGAGGCAUCCUUUUUCUUUGCGUACCCCAUGUAUGGUUAGGUCAACAGUUUAUGUUCAAAACAUCCUUCAACCUGAACAUCAAAUAACAAAUUCUCUGUAAGUAACAAUAAUAAAUUUGUGAUUGCUGCUCUAAAAGAUACUUUAUUCGAUGUUUACAUCAGUAAUUCGUAAUUUUAGUUCGUGAUUGUUGUUUAGGAGUAUUCUUCGUCUGUUGUUAACACAAAGGAUGGUUCAUCAAAUCAGCAGUCGGUCCCUGCGGACCUGAAAAGUACGUUUUUUAGGUGUCCUGGCACAAAAAAGUAAAUAAAG